AUGCUGGUGUUCGAGAACACGGACGCGUCGUCUGCCGCGGGCGCCGGUCUGUUCGCCCUUCUGUGCGCACUCGGCGUGGCGGGCAACACGGCCGUGGUGGCCGCCACGCUGUGCGGCACGGAGCGCAAGACCGUCACCGCCGUGCUCGUGUUCAACGUGGCCCUCAUGGACGCCCUCGUCGCGCUCGCCGACCUGCCCAGGGCCGUGAGCAUGGCCGCGGGCCAGUGGCCGUUCGGCAGCGUGUUGUGCAAGCUGCACGUGUCCGUGCGCUACCUGAACAUGCUCGCGCGCGUCUACGUGCUGGUCAUCAUGAGCCUCGACCGCUACAUGGUGGCGCACCACCGCGCCUGCUCGCGAGCCGUGCGCAGCGGCGCGCUGGCGUGGGCGCUGAGCGUCUUCGUGUGGAUUCUCGCGUUCAUCCUCACGACGCCCGUGCUGCUCAUGGCAACGGCGCGACCGCAGUCAGGGGGCCGAGCCGGCGUCAGCCCCGCGGGCCGCUCGUCCCCGUGGCCGGCGGCGGUGGCGGCGGCGGGAGAGGCGGCGGGAGAGGCGGCGAUGGAGGCCCUGCGGCCGGGGCCCACGGCUGGCGGCCUCGGGCCGGCCGUGUGCGCCCUCGACUUCCCCAAGCCGGCGUGGUGGUGGGCCGAGGUGUGGCGCUGGGCCACGCUGGGCGUGGGCUGCGCCAUCCCGCUGGCGACGCUGCUCGGCUGCUACGCGGCGUCGGCGCUGCGCACGUGCGCCUCGCUGCGGCCGUGCGCGCUCGCCCACCGCGGCGGGGCCCAGCGACGGCGCCGACGCCGCCCGCGCGUCUGGUGCCGCGCCACGCGCUUCGUGCUCUCCGUGCUGGGGGUCUACCUCGCCUGCUGGGCGCCCACCUUCGGGAUGCUCCUCGCGGGGCUCGCGGAGACGUCGCGGCGCGGCGGCGGCGGCGGCGCCGGCGCUCCGGGCGGCAUCCCCGAGGCGCCGUUCCUCGAGGGGCCGGGGUCCUUCGGCGGCGGCGGCGGCGGUUCUGGGCCGUCGUCGUCGUGGCGCUGCGUCGCCCUCCUCGCGGCCGCGGCCAACGGCUGCAUCAACCCGCUGCUCUACGCCUGCUACGACCGGCGAUUCCGCCAGGAUAUCGGGCGCGCGUUGGCCGCGUGCCGCUGGCGGGGGGCCGCGUCCCGCAAGCGUCUCGCCGCGGAGCCGGGCGAGGAGAACCCGGCGCGCGGCGGGGACGAGACCGCGGCAUGCGGCAACCGCCGCUGA